AGGCUGGAGUGCAGUAGCGCGUGGUCUCUGCUUACUGGAAGCUCCGCUUCCUGGGUUCACUGGGUUCACGCCACUCUCCUGCCUCAGCCUCCUGAGUAGCCGGGACUACAGGCGCCUGCCACUACGCCCGGGUAAUAGAUGGACACAUUGAAUAUAUAAUGUGUCUUGAAGGGAGAGAAAAGAAAUAGACAUGGAGACAGGGAUAGACAGAGAGGACCUAGAAGAAAAGAACUAACUUUCAGAUUCGAAGAAACAGAAGCGAUGCUACUGACAGAUAGAAAUACAAGUGGGACCAAAUUCACCCUCUUGGGCUUCUCAGAUUACCCAGAACUGCAAGUCCCACUCUUCCUGGUUUUUCUGGCCAUCUACAGUGUCACUAUGCUAGGGAAUAUUGGGUUGAUUGUGAUCAUCAAAAUCAACCCCAAACUGCAUACCCCCAUGUACUUUUUCCUCAGCCAACUCUCCUUUGUGGAUUUCUGCUAUUCCUCCAUCAUUGCUCCCAAGAUGUUGGUGAACCUUGUUGUCAAAGACAGAACCAUUUCAUUUUUAGGAUGCGUAGUACAAUUCUUUUUCUUCUGUACCUUUGUGGUCACUGAAUCCUUUUUAUUAGCUGUGAUGGCCUAUGACCGCUUCGUGGCCAUUUGCAACCCUCUGCUCUACACAGUUGCCAUGUCCCAGAAACUCUGCGUGCUGCUGGUUGUGGGAUCCUAUGCCUGGGGAGUCGCAUGUUCCUUGGUACUGACGUGCUCUGCUUUAAAGUUAUGCUUUCAUGGUUUCAACACAAUCAAUCACUUCUUCUGUGAGUUCUCCUCACUACUCUCCCUUUCUUGCUCUGAUACUUACAUCAACCAGUGGCUGCUAUUCUUUCUUGCCACCUUUAAUGAAGUCAGCACACUACUCAUCAUUCUCACAUCUUAUGCAUUCAUUGUGGUAACCAUCCUCAAGAUGCGUUCAGUCAGUGGGCGCCGCAAAGCCUUCUCCACCUGUGCCUCCCACCUGACCGCCAUCACCAUCUUCCAUAGCACCAUCCUCUUCCUUUACUGUGUGCCCAACUCCAAAAACUCCAGGCACACAGUCAAAGUGGCCUCUGUGUUUUACACCGUGGUGAUCCCCAUGUUGAAUCCCCUGAUCUACAGUCUGAGAAAUAAAGAUGUCAAGGAUACAGUCACUGAGAUACUGGACACCAAAGUCUUCUCUUACUGAGCCUGUUACUUUCAUGGAGUUUGUCACACAUAUAAAUAAAUUCUGUCCAUAAAUAUUGAUCUUAAAGAUAUCUUUACAAAUAAACAAAAUGGAUUUUCUUUUCAACAGACUAAACUUAGCUCUGCCUCUUACUUUCUGGGAAACAUCAGUAAUCCCUCUAAUCUUUAAUAUUUCAUUUAUGAAAUUAGUAUAGCAUGGGUUAGAUCAUAGUCUGAUUGUGAAGAUUAAAAUGUAAUGGACACCUUACGUAAGUCAAUGGAUAUUAAUUUCAUGUCCUUUUCUUAUAAGAUACCGGGAAUAGACUAAGUGCUUAGGAAACAUAUGAAUUUCUUUCAUAAAUGUGCAAAAUAAGUUAAAAGAAGAAAUAGUCCUCAUCUUCAAGGAUGAAAACUGUGUUGAUAAUAGGACAAUGAAGAAGUGGCCAUUGUGUAAGGCAGAAAUUAAUAUGUACCAAAGAGAGUUUGAGAGAAGAGAAAGUUCAAAUCUAUUUAGGGAUUUUAGAAGGAUGUCUUAAUGAAAUAGGUAUUGUUUGAAACCGGCUUUUGAAAAGGAAAUGGGCGGAGUUUAUGAGAUACAUUCCAGGGAGAAAGGAGUUUUCUUCUGGAGAAAACAAUGUGAAUAAAACCAAGGAGUGGAAAAUGAACUGGAGCUCAAAAACAGUGAAGUCAGAAGGUGAACGGGCAACAAAAAGUUAGUUACCUGCUCCAGAAAUCCAGAAGCACUGCAGAUAAUGGAGCUGGAGAAUGGCACUGUGAAGACUGGGUUCUUUCUCCUGGGAUUCAACGACCAUCUGGAACUUCAGAGUCUCCUUUUUGCAGUAUUUUUUUCCAUCUACUCUGUUACUCUGAUGGGGAACCUUGGAAUGAUUUUAUUAAUCACAAUCAGUUCCCACUUGCACACUCCUACGUACUUGUUCCUCUGCGUGUUGUCCUUCAUAGAUGCAUGCUACUCUUCUGUCAUUGCUCCCAGAUUACUUGUGAACUCGGUUUCUGAAAAGAAGACCAUUUCUUACAAUGGCUGUGUUGCACAGUUAUAUUUCUUCUGCUCUUUAGUUGACACAGAAUCUUUCCUCUUGGCUGCCAUGGCUUAUGACCGGUACAUAGCAAUCUGCAACCCGCUGCUCUAUACAGUGAUUAUGUCCAAGAAGGUUUGUUGCCAGCUUGCAAUUGGAGCAUUUUUGGGGGGCACUAUGAGCUCAAUUAUUCAUACCACGAACACUUUCCAUCUGUUAUUCUGCUCCAGAAACAUUAACCAUUUCUUUUGUGAUAUCUCCCCACUCUUCUCUCUGUCCUGCACUGACACAUACAUGCAUGACAUCAUUCUGGUGGUCUUUGCCAGUUUUGUGGAAGCAAUCUGUCUUCUAACAGUUCUCCUUUCUUAUGUCUUCAUUAUGGCAGCUAUUCUUAGAACAGGUUCUGUGGAGGGAAGAAGAAGAGGGUUCUCCACUUGUACUUCCCACGUGACUGUGGUCACUAUGUAUCAUGGUACCUUGAUCUUCAUUUAUUUGCGCCCCAGCACUGGCCAUUCACUGGAUAUUGACAAAGUGACCUCUGUGUUCUAUACUUUGAUUAUACCUAUGUUGAACCCUCUAAUUUACAGUCUAAGGAACAAAGAUGUCAAAAAUGCUUUUAGAAAAGUGAUUGGCCGAAAAUUACUUCCUUAAGGUGAAACUGGGCCUGACACCAUUUCAACAAUACCUGCUCUUCGACUUUGUUCUAACUGUUGGAAAAGUCAGUUUAAUAUGAAUGUUCUCCAGAUCUAUGGGUAACGAAUCUUCAACCACAGAAUAGGGUGAAAGCCUGACCUUAGAGGUUGGCCCUCUCAUCAUUUAUAUUACAUCUAUUAUUUUAAAGUUGAAAUUUUUAAUAUUUAUUUCAGGGGAAGAUUUACCUUACAUUUAAUUUCCUGUAUCUCAUAUUUUUACUCCCUUUCUCUUUUCACCACAAACUUUUGAGACAGCCAUGUGGGAACAGCUCCCGGCCAAAAAGCUAAUCGGCCUAGGUACUGGGACAAGUGCACACUGAGCUGGAGCCACAGAAGUUCAAGGUGUUUGCGGUGGGGAGGAGCCUGGCCCCUCCUCUUCCUGGGUGGAAUCUGGAAUUCAAUCUGUGAAGUGGGAAGCCUACACUAGCAUGAACUCUAGCCUUGCAUAGAGUCCCUGUUCCCCCCUUUUUCUCUUUUUGCACAAUAAAUCCCAUUAUGAGCACCCUUCAUAUAAUCUGCAAGCCUAGUUUUUCAUGGCCGUGUCAUAAGGACCCAGCUCUUAGUUGAACUAAGGAAAAAGUCCCGCAACAUUCUUGGUGCACAAUGUAGGGGCUUGAUAAGCAAUGAGUGAAAUGGGGACUCAAAACCUCUCACUGUCCUUUCUAAGGCUUUUCAUCUUUGGACUUCUGAAGGAGGGGAAACUGUGCCCCCACCCUCAUGACUUCUGGGGGUCAGGAAAUUUGGCCUCGGCUCCAGGCUCCAGGUCCUUUUCCUUCCUUUUUCUGGACGACCUGCAACAGUGGCUCCCCACUUUCCUCGCUGCUCUCUCCUCCCUGCCAGGGACUGGGAUGCAUGGGCCAAGGGCCCUGCACUGCUGUUUCCCCCAGGCACUGGGGUUCAACUCCAUUGGACAGCAAUUAAGCAUAAGCUUCUCUCCCUGGUGGAGGAACAUCUUGCAAGAGAAUAAGAGUUUUUUUCCUCAGGCAUUUUUGAACUGUCUUUUCUUCCCUCUUCUCCUCCCAUCAGCAGUUAACUUUGAAAGUUUUUUUUUUUUUUCUUUUAGAAGAUGUUUUGCUAGGCUAGGAAUGAUAAUGAUCCCUGUGUAUAUUCUCUAUAAGUUUUGGUUGUGAAAAGGAUCUUGUGGGGACUGGAUUUUCUUCUGCCUGUCUGUGUUUGUGUUGUGUUGUGAUGUCUGUAAAAAGAGCUCUAAUUAAUUUGGCCUAAAGGAAGACACGGGCUUGGAUCAAAUAUUUUUUAAAGGGAAGAUAAAAGCUGUGGUACCUUUCAGUUCAUGUGACUUUAAUCUUUGAGAAAUAAAAACAGCCUUAAAGAUUAUUGGUAAAGUGCAGGUGGCAUUAAAAUAUAAAUAGGUGGGCUAGAUUAUGCAGGUCAGAUGCAAGCUUUGAUAAGUGUUUUGAGGUUAUAAACUGCUUUUUGCAUUUUGAGAACUAUUUAACUUGCCAGCUUCACAUUGGUAAGGCCUGGGGACAGAUGGAACUAACCCAGCCCUUAAUAAUGCUGGGAAUCAAAACUUGGCUUCCCUUAGCACACAAUUAAAACAACUUACCAGGUUUUACAUUAAAUUUAAAAAUUGCUAGGAGUUACCAUUAUAACAUGUCACUGAGACUAUUGGAAAUAAAUUUACAUACAAGGUAUGUAAGAACGGUAAAAUGUAUUUUUUAGUAAAAGGUUAUAAAAAGCAUGGAAAUGUAAAUUUUUGUCUAGGGUUAAAGGAUUGCUUUAAAUUGGAUAAGGUAAAGCUGAAGGUUCAAAUAAGUGGUGGAAAGAUUGUGGAAAUUAACCUCACAGAAGAGGGUCUCUGUGUGAACAUAUUAACCUAAAUUAAAAAGGGUAUUACAUGGUUUUUCUGUAAAUUGAGCAUUGAAAUAAAAGCACAACGAGGUAUUCUUAAGGCAACAAGGUAUUCUUAAGGUUCUCUGUGUGAACAUAUUAACUAAAUUCAAAAGGCUACUACAUGGUUUUUAUGUAAAUUAAGCAUUGAAAUAAAAGCGCAACAAGGUAUUCCUAAGGCACUAACUUACUCUUAAGGAAAAUUUGUAAACGUGUAUAAAAGGUUUUUGCUUCUUUAAAAUUUCUGAGUCAUCAUUUUGGCAAAAUAAAUAUUGUAUGGUAAUCUGGAAUUCUAUUUCAUAACAUAAAGCGUUUUAAACCUCAAAUAUAUAACAGCCUUCCCAAAAUCAAACUUCAGUUUCAAAAUUGUCUUUCCUGACACCUGGUUUUUCAGAUACUUCAGAGGUCCCCUGGGGUGUCCAGAAAAGCUAGGUAAACAGGGUUAUUUGACAUGUUUAGGUACAUGGGAUUGUCAAAAUGAUGUUCAGUCUCCUUUAGGUUUUAUUUUUGUGAAAAAUGCUAAUAUACGUUCCAAAAUUGUAUGAGAUUUCUAAAAUUCUAAUGUUUGAGUAUAUGCUGUCAAUCAUAAUUAAGGUUGUUAAGUUAUUGUAAACCAGAUAUAUCACCAAACUUCUUUGUCAAUCAUGUUUCUAACUGUAACUACCCUGGACAUUUUGCUAUUCACAGACUAUUGUUGUCUUAUUUUAAUCCUUUUCAAAAGAUGGUUUAUAAUAAGCUAUAGAACUUUGACAAGUUCUCAUGCUCUCAAAUAAAAGUUUCUGAUGACUUUG